ACGUCGUGAAGCACUAAAGCAACAUUCGCCCGUGGCUUAGCGGUACAGAUGCAGCCUGCCUUAGGUUUUCACAGCUAAUAGAUACAGUUCCAGUUGAAACACAACUAUGGGAGGUAAAAACAAACAGCGAACUAAAGGAAAUGUCCGGCCGUCCAACAGCGGCCGAGCUGCCGAAGUGUUGGCCCGAGAAGGAGGCGUCAUCCCCGGGUUCGUUGGCUUUGACACCACGGUGUCGUCGGAGCUGAGCUAUGUUCCUGCGGUUCACGGCGCCGAGGACAUUGACAACCUGGUGGAUGCUGAUUUUCGCCUUGUGCUCAGGAAACUCUCGAAAAGGGACGUCGUGACCAGAUUGAAGGCUGUGCAGGACUUUGGCUCCAUGUGUCAGGAGCGGGAUGCUGAGGAGGUCAAAGGAGUUUUACCUUACUGGCCGAGGAUCUACUGCAAGAUUUCAGUGGAUCACGAUCGGCGCAUCAGGGAGGCUACCCAGCAGGCUUUUGAGCAACUGGUGCUAAAAGUUCGCCGCAGCUUGGCCCCCUUUCUCAAAAGCUUGAUGGGCCAUUGGAUCCUGUCCCAGUGCGACACCUACACACCUGCAGCGUCUGCUGCAUGCCAGGCUUUCCAGGCUGCUUUCUCACCCGCCAAACAGCCGGAAGCGCUCAGCUUCUGCAAGGAGGAAAUCCUUAAUGUACUUCAAGACAUUCUGUUAAAGGAAACCGCAGACACACUGAGUGAUCCACAAAGCGUGACACAGGAAGAGCGAGAAUCUAAAUAUGUGCGCAUGCUGACCAGUUCACUGUUGGGGGUGAAGAGACUGCUCUCUCUGCUGCUUCUGAAUGACAGGCUGGCCCUGGAGCAAAAACUACCCGAUCUUGUUCACGCCACAAAGUUCUGGAAGUACAGCAAACACAACACCCCGCAAGUGAGAGGAGCGUUUUUUGAGAUGGUGUGUGCCCUGUGCGAGUUCACUCCCGGUCUGGUCCAGGCUGAAGCAGCUCGACUGUGUCCGGCUGUUCUCCUCAGUAUCGACGACACAGAUCCCGUAGUGCUGCCGCCUGUGUGGGAAGCUGUUCUUCACAUUGUGUCUACCAUUCCUGAUUGCUGGACACAUGUAAAUGCUAAAAAAGGCUUCCUCCCUAAACUCUGGCCUCUAUUGAGAGAGGGCGGUAAAGGCAUGGCUAAAGCUCUUCACCCCAAUCUGAUGCCACUCCUCAGCAAGCUGCCCCAGCAGGUCACCGAUCCCCAACUGGACUUUUUCACCAUGUUUUUCACCGCUUUAAUUCAAGGUCUGUCUAGUGAGCGCGCGGUGUCAAGUCCGUCUGAAAGUGCCGUGAUAGUGACAGCUGUUGUCGAGUGCCUGAGGUACUGCAUCCUGCAGCACACAGAGGAAGAGGGAGACCAGCAGAAAAUCAGAACCAUGCUCAUUACCCAGCAGCUCCUGCCCCUACUAGAAAACGCUCUCAGCAAUCCUUCGCUGCAGAAUGGUCCUCUUUUCCUUUUGGUCACAGAAAUGCUCAUCUCCUGGGAGAAGAGGGCCGGUUUGCACAGUGAAGGUGGCGUUAAUGAUAAAAAGGACGUCUUUCAAAGACUUCUAGUGGACUUUUGGGAGGACCUCAGUCGGAUGCUUGUCGGUUAUGUUGACAACGAGGAAGCUGACCCACGGGCUUUGGAAGGAAUCGCAGUUUUGCUGAAGGUGAUGCGUUACCCGGAGAGAGUGAACAGAAAGCACGUCCAGAGAAAGAAGUCCGUCAAGAUGUGUUUCUCUAAGUCGGAAGACAUCGAGAAAAGCGGGGUUGAGGGGGCUGGUGGGGAAGAGCUUGUGCAGCCGGUGUCGGAGCUCGUGAUGGAGAAGGCAUUCGGGUCCCUGCAGACGCAGCAUUUCGAGGAUGUGGUGUGCCAGCUGGCGCAGCUGUGCCUUGUGCAUGUGAAUGAGAAGAACUCUGAGAGACAUCUUGUUUUUCUCUCCCUUCUCCUGCGGUCCUUCCACACACCCAGAAUCUUCACCACACUGGUUGAACUGGACGAUACAAAAACAAAAGAUAGUGUGCAGAGCGAUGAGAUGAUCACGAAAAAUCCAGCAAUGGAGUUCCUGCUGGAGCAGGUGCUGGUGUGGCUGACGGAAAAGGAACGCACAGACACUCAGCACCUGGUGGAGAUGGUUUUCAGCUCACUCUAUUGCUGCAGCCGACAGGAGACCACCCGCAUCCUGAACCACAUCACAACGAUGGGCUUACAGUGGGAAAUCAUCCUGCAAAUCAUCCAGAGGGCGUGCACGGACCCUGACACCCUGAAGAGCUGCGGUGACUGGCUGAAAGGUUCGGUUCUGGGCGAGCAGCUCCUUGCAUUGACCGAGGAGCUGUGCAGAGUGGGGAGCAGCCGUGGCGUUUCCGCCUCCUCUGCAGGCAGCCACAGCUGGACACUUAUCAGCCUGGUCCUUUCUCAGCACCACAACAACGUCUCUCUGAUUGGAGAAGUGUACCUGGAGAAGAUCUUGGAGAGGCUCCACGCCACUCUCUCCGAGACCAAGAGUCUGUCCGACGCAGGCAACAUGGAGCCGCUCGUCUCCUUCAUCUGCGACGUGGCCUCCACCUUCUUCUCCUCUGUGCAAGACUGCCUUCUUCUCGUCUCCGCUGAGGAGCUGCUGCUCACCGUCUUCCAGCUCACUGCCCAAGAUCAAACACACACUCGGCUGUCUGACUCACUUUUAGAUAAGCUGAAGAAAGUGUGUAUAGCUGGAGUUUCGUCGCUGGUUCAACACUGUGAAUACGAAGUGAAGGAAGGUGGAUUCCUGCACAACGCAGCCGUCUGGGCGAAGAAACAACUUCUAACAACCUCGCUGGAUCUUAAAGGCCUACAGGUUUUAGUCCUCGCCGUACGAAGUCUAGUGGAGACCAUCGUCUCCGUCUGUGAUCAGUCACCCUCCAUCCUCAACCAAUUCUUCACCGUCGUGAUGCCAAGCCAAACAGAGUGGACAAGAGUCAGACAGGCUUUACCACCUCAGUGGAUCAAAGCGCCUUUAUUAUCCGGCCGUCACAGAGGUGUUUAUGAAAAAGCUUCAGUAGACAUGUGGAAAGUUAGAGACCUGAACAGACUCCCAGCUCACCUCGGUGCCUGCGCCCUCCUGGGAAGCGUCGUCCAGGCCGCUCAGUUUGUUCCUUGUGACCAAAAUGAGUCAAAGUGUCCUGCUCUGCUCCAAAACAUCAUUUACACGGUUUCUGAACUUCUGUAUGCACUGCAGUGGUGUAAGGAGGUGAAUUCCAGCCCUUAUAUAGUUUCCGCCUAUCAGAAUCUGCUGACUGACUGGGGGCUCUCAGAGGGUCUACACAGUCAUGUCCCCAUUAAAACCCUGCUGGAGGCUCUCUACUCAAGGUCAGUGACAGACGGAGGUCUGUGGUCUCUGACUCUACAAAACUACAUCCACACCACCAACCUGGCAACCGCUCAGAGUGCGGCUUUGAGGAAGCUUUACGGUACUUCAAACAGUUUGUUCCCAGUGUCCCAAAGCAAACUGAGCACGCUCCAGGUGCUGUGCCCAACCAUGACAACAGAAGACAGAGAGACUCUGGUAACUCUGGCUACCGCUGGAUUAGUCAACUGGCAGGAGGAUGGAAAUGUUUCUGGGUGUCUACAAGUGCUGCUGUGCUGCCUGCAAGCUGGCACACAUGUGGAGGUGGAGGUCGUGCAGGCGAUCCUGGCCACUGUGAUGGAGUGGAGGAACAGUAAGGAGGACUGGUUCCUCUUUAGCAGCGACCUGUCUAACGCCGCUGCAGAGCAGUUGAACCUCACCAUAGAGAUGAUGCGCUUCCUGUCCUGGCUGGUGACUCGCUGUCCAGCAGUUCUCGGGGGGAACCAGUGGGACUUUUUGCUGUGCUCUAUGUUGGCCUGGCUGGAGACUGCCGCUGAGAACGUGAGCAGCUUGUGGAACCCGUGGGUGCAGCUGUUUGUGUGCGAGAACGCCGCGUUGAUCGUGAGGCUGAGCCAGUUCUUCUCGUCGCCGCCGCCCGACGUGCUGGAGAAGCUUCCGUCGGAGCUGACUGCCGAAUGGACCGACUUCUUCGUCCAGGGAAUCUACAGCCUGCUGCUGCCGCUGCCUGUCGCCAUCACAGAUACCUUCACUGAGCCGGACGACCCCGUCUUCCCUCUGGCCGUGCUGGAGUCGCUGGGCGGGGCUCUCACCUAUGUGCCCGUGCAGCAGUUGAGCCAGAACUCCUUGCCGCCGCGUUUCAUAGCGGACCAGAAGACCAAUCUGCCGCAGCCGCUUCAGACGCUCCUCAACACUUUCUGCCCUCUCCUGUUAUUCAAGGCCAGACCUCUGCAGAUCGCCGUCUACCACAUGCUGGAAAAAGUCAUGCCUCAGCUGCCGGAGUGUGACGGAGAAGGAGACAGCAGCAAAUCCGAUGACGACAGAGAUGAACCAUGCCUUUCUCCUCCAGCCUCUCUGAUGGUCAUCUUGUCCACCUGCGAGGAGCUGUGUGAGAACAUCCUGGCCGGGGUCCAGGUGGGAGAGUUUGCGGUGGUCCAGCCUCUCAGUGUGGAGUACUCCUGCAUUCUGGCCUAUCUGCUGGCCUGGAAGCUCCUUCUGACAUUCUUUAAAUCCUCGCCAUCCCAUCUGCGGGCCCAUUAUGCUCAGUAUCUGAAGAGAAGCUGCUCCCUCAAUAAGCUCCUCCUCCACCUCUUCAAACUGAUGCCCGAGAAUCCCGUCUACCCCGGCCAGGGGCCGGAGACGAGGGACACCAAAACCUUCUUCACCGAGAGCCUGAGCCUCGCUGUUGACAAGACAGACGGCGUCAAGUGGGAGCUCCCCCACCUGGCCUGCAGCGUGUACUACAGCACGGUGCAGGACCUGCCCGCCAUGGUGCGGCUGUGGUGGAACGGCCAGGAGAAGAGAGUGAGCGCGGCGGCGGAGAAGUUCACCAUCAAAUACGUCAGCCCAGUCCUGUCGGCCCAGGAGAUCUCGUCGGUGCACACCAGCACGCAGAUGUUCGACAGCAUGACCGUCAAAGCCCGCUCGGCCGCGCGGGAGGUGAUUGCAACCUAUUCGGUAGACGACAUCUUCAUCGAGUUGGUGAUUCAGCUGCCGCAGAACUACCCUCUGGGCUCCAUUACGGUGGAGAGUGGGAGGCGCGUGGGCGUCGCCGUGCAGCAGUGGAGGAACUGGAUGCUGCAGCUGAGCACCUACCUCACACAUCAGAACGGCAGCAUAAUGGAGGGCCUGGCUCUGUGGAAGAACAACGUGGACAAACGCUUCGAGGGCAUCGAGGACUGCAUGAUCUGCUUCUCCGUCAUCCACGGCUCCAACUACUCCCUGCCCAAGAAGGCCUGCCGCACCUGCAAGAAGAAAUUCCACUCGGCGUGUUUGUACAAAUGGUUCACCUCCAGCAACAAGUCCACCUGCCCCCUCUGCAGAGAAACCUUCUUCUAAAUGCAGCAGAUAUUGAUUUUAUGAUUAAUGGUCACAAAGCAACACAUCUACAAAAGGUUCAGUUUACAAGAUCGCUUGAAAUAAAGGGAUUAUUUAGGGUGGUCCAAUGCUGCAGUAGCAACAAUCUAGUGAUGAUUAUAAACGGGCAUAAUGAGGUUGAUGAGUCCAAAGGUUUGUGUAUAUAAAAUCUCGACUGUUCUAUGUCUGCCCACCAGGAGUUCAGUAAGUUUUCUUUUGUCUGCUGAAAUUAUUUUUAUUUUUUCAAAUGCAAAAGUGCAGGAAAAGAAUUUUAGAUUCUUUCAUAUAAUAAAGAGAAAAAGCGCCUACAAAACAAAACAAAAAAAAAACCCAAAAAACUGAAGGUUGAUUGAAAUUUUACGAUAUCUGAUCAGAUCUCUCCUAUAUUUCCUAAUAUUUAGGAGUCUUAUAUAAUUCUCUGAUUGUUGACGCACGUUUUGAAACUAGAAUGCAUGUCUGUAUGGUCACCAAUCAAAGAACAUCAUGGUAUGUGUCUUUAAACCUGUGCCUGCCUGCUGCUGUAAAUUAAAUAAAAUACAGCUUGAUGGCUGUUA